GGGAAACCAUACCGCUGCCCUCAAUGCGGGAACUAUUUUGCUGCAUCUAACGUCAUAAAAUAUCAUCUAAGAGUCCAUACAGGAGAGAAACCGUACUACUGCUCUCAGUGUGGAAAGAGGUUUGCUGCAUCUAACACUUUAAAAUCUCAUCUGAGAAUCCAUACAGGAGAGAAACCGUAUAGCUGCUCUCAGUGUGGGAAGAGUUUCACGUGUCGAGGGGGUCUUAAAGUACACAGAAGAAGCAAUACAGGAGAGAAACCUUACAGAUGCUCACAGUGUGGGAAGAGUUUCACUGCUUCUCACACCUUAAAAUUUCAUCUGAGAAUUCAUAGAGGGGAGAAGCCUUACCCCUGCCUUGAUUGUGGGAAAGGUUUUGUUAGUGCAGGAGCCUUAACCGUACACCAGUGUGUACACACAGGAGAGAAGCCUUAUAGCUGUGAUCAGUGUGGAAAGUGCUUUUCUGUUUCAGAAAAACGAACUAUACACCAGCGCAUACACAGUGGAGAGAAACCUUAUAGUUGUGAUCGGUGUGGGAAAUGCUUUGCUCAGUCAGGAGAGCUGACUACACACCAGAAAACACACACUGGAGUGAAGCCUUAUAGCUGUGAUCAGUGUGGAAAGAGAUUCAGUCAAUCAGGGACACUGAAUUCACACCAGCGAACACACACUGGAGAGAAGCCUUAUGUCUGUCUAUGUGGAAAGAGCUUUUCUCAUUUAGGGCCAAUGAAAAAGCACCAUAAAGCAACAAUAUGCCAUAUUUCAUCUCCCUCCUAUCCAGUUCCAGAUCCCUAAAUACAUGUGAAAUAGAAAACAUCUAGUGAAUAGUCAUAUCCAUCUCCCAUUCUUAGACAGUUGACUUAGUCUGAUCACCAUGGUAACCUCUGCAGCAUAAUAUGCAGCUCUGAUCUAGGACCA